UUUGAGUAGUAAUUAAAUAUAUGGUCCUCAGGAGUAAAGGAUUGAUUACCGUCUGCUGCUGCAGCUCUCUCAACUGAAUCUGAUGAUUCAGAGAUGGAGACAAAGUGUAGUUGGAGUUCAUGUGCUUGUCGUGCAUCGAUGGAGCUAAACACUGCAUUGCAUCCAGGUUCUCUACAAAACCAAGAUGUUACUCUUUCUAGUUGUUGUUGUUGUUGCUGUUGUUGUUGUUGCUGCUCCUGCUGUUGUUGUUGUUGCUGCUGCUGCUGUUGUUGUUGUUGCUGCUGCUGCUGUGACUGCCACAUAUCCCUGGCUGGAAGGGUUACAGCUCUUGGCUGAGCAUGUACCUGGUGUUCAAUACCUUGCGGUUGCUGCAAUGACCUCAAUCUACUCAAAAGUGCCCAAAGUCCACUUCUGUAGUCAUCAUCCUGCACUUGUUGAAAUGUUGUUGAAUUUGAUGACUGAACAACAGAACAGGCUUCUGAAGCUGGAUGAUCUGAAGUGCUACACUGAACACUCACUGGGAUGCUUGUGUUCUCAAAAUCAACAACAUGACCAUCAGCAACAACAGCCACUGCACUACCUCGCUCUACUGUCUGAAGGGAUUCCAGGAAUCUACCUCUAUCAUGACUAG